GCACCAGUCACCACGUCAUCAGCAGCCAUAUCAUCAGUGCUUGUGUCAUGUUGUCCAGCUGAAAUUGUCAUUUUCAUACUUUUUCAACCCCAUCGUGGAGUCAAAAUACAUUAAAAAUGGUGUUAAUAUCUGCAGCAGUAUGCACAAAAUCGGGCAAAGCGAUUGUGUCCAGACAGUUUGUAGAAAUGUCAAAGGCCCGUAUCGAGGGCUUGCUGGCAGCCUUUCCAAAGCUCAUGUCCUCUGGCAAGCAGCACACCUUCGUUGAAACCGAAUCUGUCCGCUAUGUUUACCAACCACUUGAGAAGCUCUACAUGUUGCUGAUCACCACAAAAGCCAGCAACAUUUUGGAAGACCUUGAGACGCUCAGACUCUUCUCCAGAGUGAUUCCCGAUUACUGUCGCACCAUGGAAGAAAGCGAAAUCGCUGACAAUGCAUUUCAUUUGAUUUUUGCCUUUGAUGAAAUCGUGGCUCUUGGCUACAGAGAAAGUGUUAAUUUGGCUCAAAUCAGGACCUUUGUCGAAAUGGAUUCACACGAAGAAAAGGUCUACCAAGCCGUUCGACAGACCCAAGAGAGGGAAGCCAAAAACAAGAUGCGAGAGAAGGCCAAGGAGCUCCAGAGGCAGAGAAUGGAGGCAGCUAAAAAGGGCGGCAUCAAAGGCUCCUCUUACGGCGCCAGUGGUGGCUUCGGCGUGAAUGUUUCCUCCAGCGCUGCUUUCUCAACCACGCCUAUCGCCGUGGACUCAAUGGAGAACUCCAGCAAACCCAGCUACUCCAUGCCGAAAGCCAGUUCGAGCAAUAAAGCCAUGAAGCUGGGCGGCAAGUCGAGGGACGUUGACAUGUUUGUCGAUCAGCUCAAGUCCGAGGGCGAACACAUUUCGGCACUUCAACAGAAGCCAGUUGCUUCCGUAGGACCAAUCAAGUCGCUGCCUCCACAAAAUGAAAACACUGAAGAUGUUCACUUGAAACAAGAAGAGCGCAUGUUAGUUGUGAUCGGAAGGGACGGUGGCUUGAGGAGCUUUGAAUUGCACGGCCUGGUCACGUUGAGGAUCAGCAACGAGAAGUUUGGCAGGAUCAAAGUUCUUCUGCAUAACCACGACGAAAAGGGAAUCCAGUUGCAGACCCAUCCCAAUGUGGACAAAGAACUGUUCAAGACCAGAAACCAGAUUGGUUUGAAAAAUGCCUCUAAAGCAUUCCCCUUGCUUACUGAUGUCGGUGUUUUGAAGUGGAGGUUGCAGACUCAAGAUGAAAAUCUUAUCCCUCUAACUAUUAACUGUUGGCCCUCUGAGAAUGGACAGGGAGGAUGUGAUGUUAACAUUGAGUUUGAGCUGAUAAACGAGAGUUUGGAGUUGAACGAUCUUUGUAUUACAAUCCCCCUUCCACAUGGUGUGUCCCCUGUUGUGAUUGAGUGUGAAGGAGAGUGUCCUUAUGACUCGCGCAAGUCGCAUCUGCAGUGGAGGGUUCCCAUUGUCGACAAGAACACAAAGUCAGGAGCGCUGGAAUUUUCAGCUAAGGCCACCCCUGAGGACUUUUUCCCACUAACAGUUUCCUUCGCGUCUAGAAAGCCAUACGCAGACAUUUAUAUUUCCGAAGUCGUGAACGUGGAUGAUGAGUCUCCAGUGAAAUAUUCAUCGGAAGUUCUGUUUUUUGCUGAGAAGUACGAGAUAGUUUAAAGGAGAGUUUGUAUUUAUAAAUAUUGUUGAAAAAGAAAAAGUGAAUUGUUGUUUCUAUCAUCGCAUCUUUUAUGUAUCUAAUUCCGCACUCAUGGUAUUCUGUUUGAGUUUCUAUGUCAUGCUUACAAAAAUAUCCGCCAUUGUUCUGUACUAUUUCCAAGGUAACUUUGUCCACAGUCAAGUUCUUUUAAGGGUCCAUUCAGUUUUAUUUUCAAAAUAAGGUACUACUAUGUAUAGUGAAACUUGGAAAUAAAUUCAGCACCAAGUGUGCAUUGCCUACAAAAU